AUGUCCUGUAUCAUUUGCACGUUGCCCGCGUCCAUUCGGGCAGUCACGCCGUGCAAGCACGAGACGUGCCACGUGUGCUCGUUCAGAGCGCGCGCCCUGUACCAGAAGAACCAGUGUCUGGUGUGCAGAACAGACAACGACCGGGUGGUGUACACCGACUCGGGCAGCCUGAAGGUGGUGGUUUCCGACGACAAGUACGGCAUCGGGUUCACGUCGCAGGACGCCAAGACAAAGACGCUCGAGCUGCUGCUCAACAAGUGUCCGAAGUGCAGCGAGGUGUUCCAGACGUUCAAGCAGCUGAACGAGCACGUUCAUUCGCAGCACGACCGGAGUUUCUGCCCCGUUUGCGCGAACCACCGCAGGGCAUUCAUCAGCGAGCUGCGGCUGUACACGUCGCGCCAGCUCCACCAGCACCAGGCCCGCGGCGACCAGGACGGGUUCAAGGGCCACCCGAUGUGCAAGUUCUGUACGGGCAAGCGGUUCUACAGCGACGACGAGCUGUACGUGCACAUGCGCGACAAGCACGAGAAGUGCCAUAUCUGCGACCAGAUCGACGCGACGAACCCGCAGUACUUCCGCAACUACGACCACCUCGCGACGCAUUUCCAGGACUGCCACUACGUGUGCCACGUGCAGUCCUGCCUAGACCAGAAGUUUGUGGUGUUUAGAGACGAGUUUGAUCUUCGCGCACACACCAUCAAGGAGCACGGGGCGAUUCUGGGCGGCGACCGCAAGUUGCCCGCUUUUGGUGGCAAGCUCACGGUCGAGGAAAAGAAAGAAGAGCCCAAGGAUACCUACCAGACAAAGAAGCUGCGACUGGACGAGCGUGCGAGACACUAUUUAAGUUAUAAACAGGACAAGGUGGACGAGUUCCAGAGACUCGUGGGCGAGUUCAGCAAGAGCGGCAAGGAAAACGCCGUGCUCGCGCAGCUGCAGACGCUGUUUGCGCACACGUCGCCCGAAGACCUCGGGCUGCUGCUGCUGGAGCUCAAGGAGCUGUUCCCGAAGAAAUCCACCCAAUACCGGUUCCUGGAGUCGCGGCUCGAGACGCAGAACCGUGCCAAGCUGCUUGAUGAGCAGUUUCCUGCGCUCAGCAACGUGCGGCCGCUCGCCCCGGCAGGACAGUGGGGGCAGUCGUUGUCGGGGGUGAGACGGCCUCCGACGACGCCCAAGGCAGCACCGGUGGUGAACAGAGGAACAUCGUCAAACGUGAGACUUACAUACCUGAACGGCGGGCAACGACAAGCGUCGCCAUCCCCGCAGAACAGCUCACAAAAGAAAUCGACAACACCUCCGCUGAACGAGCAGCUGUUCCCUGGACUGCCCACGGUGCAGAAACCCAAGCCUCCUCGGGUGAAUCCUGUCAACACGUCGCUGGGCCAGUGGAACCAAGGGUUGAACCAGAGCUCGUCGCCCGAGCCUGUUUUGGAGGUUAAGAAGGGCAAGAAGGGCAAGCAGGUGUUGUUCCGGAUGGGUGUGAAUAGAAACUGA